AACCGCUCAUUAUCCGUCCAAACAUUUCGGGGCGCGGCGGGCUGCUCCUUGCAGGGCAAUUGACCCCCACACCUCGAAGGACGCAGUCUAAUUCAGGUACUCAGCUCCUGCCCACCACCGCCACCCGCCUGCUCCUUCCUGCUCUUCACUUCCAGCAACUUUUCUUUCUCUAAGGCAUUUUCCUUCAAAACAAAUUUUUGCAAAUGACCCAGACUGAGCAGACCGCCAGCACACUGCCGCUGUGGACGCCACGCGACCCGCAGUUGACCACGACGCACAAGUUCAGGGAGUUCGUUAACGCCAAGCGCCACCUCUCGCUGGCCACGUACCAGGAUCUGGACCAGUGGUCUGUGACAGAGAUCGAGGCGUUCUGGAGCGACGUGUGGGAGUUUACCGGCACCAAGGCCAGUGCUCCGUACUUGCAGGUGCUGGAGCCCAACAAGACCAUGGACCAGAUCCCCAAGUGGUUCGAGGGUGCACGACUCAACUACGCUGAGAAUGUGCUGGACGGCCGCGAGGCAGAGGAGCGCACGGCGAUCUAUGCGUUCGGAGAGGGUCGCCAGCUUACAAAGUGGUCGUUCAGAGAGGUGUAUGAGAAGGUACGGGUGCUGGCAUCGGCUAUGCGCAACGCAGGCGUGAGCCAGGGAGACCGGGUCGCCGGCUAUGUGCCCAAUGUCGCUGAGACCGUUGUGGCGAUGCUGGCGGCAGCGAGUAUUGGCGCUAUCUGGAGCUCGACAUCGCUUGAUUUCGGCGUAACCGCCGUGCUGGACCGGUUCGCGCAGAUCGAGCCCAAGCUUCUGUUCUCGACCGACGCCACGGGCUACAACGGCAAGGUGUUCUCGCACAUUGACAAGCUCGCGGGCGUAGCCGCUGGUCUGCGGUCGGUUAAGAGGGUUAUCGUCAUCCCCUUCGGCGACAACGUGGAGCGCGACACGACCUCGGUUCCGAACGCAUGCUCAUGGGACUCAUUCCUAGCUACGGCCAGCGACGGCGCCCCGCUCGAGUUUGCCCAGCUGCCGUUCUACCACCCGCUGUAUAUUCUGUUCUCGUCGGGAACCACAGGCAAGCCCAAGUGCCUGGUGCACUCGGCAGGCGGCAUGCUUCUUCAGCACCGCAAAGAGCACCAAAUUUCUCAGGACAUGGGCGACAGCGACAUCAUGUUCUACUACACGACUACAGGCUGGAUGAUGUGGAACUGGCUGGUGGGUGCUCUGUCGGUGGGAACAGCGAUUGUCACCUACGAGGGCUCGCCGUUCAAGCCGUGCGCCGGUGCACUGUGGGAUCUGGUGGACCAGCUGGGGAUCACCGCAUUUGGCACAUCAGCCAAGUACAUCCAAACGCUGGAAGACAUCGGCUACAGGCCCAAGGAGCACCACAAGCUGGACACGCUCAAGGCAAUCUACUCUACAGCCUCCCCACUGAAGCCCAACAGCUACGACUUUGUGUACACGCACAUCAAGAGCGACUUGUGUCUGAGCUCAAUCACUGGCGGCACCGACAUUUGCUCGCUGUUCUGCGGUGCCAACACUGCGCUGCCUGUAUACCGCGGUGCUGUGCAGUGCCGUGGACUCGGUAUGGCUGUUGAGUCGUGGGUCGAUGACCGCAAGCCCGUGCUGGACCAUCCAGGCGAUCUCGUGUGUGUGCGGCCGUUCCCUUGCAUGCCUGUGUUCUUCUGGGGCGAUGAAUCAGGCGAGCGGUACCGUAAGGCGUACUUUGGCAACUACCCGCAGAUCUGGUACCAUGGCGACUUUGUUAUUAUCGAGUCGAAGACUGGCAGCGUGCACAUGCUUGGCCGCAGCGAUGGUACAUUGAACCCUGCCGGUGUGCGGUUUGGCAGUUCCGAGCUGUACAACAUUGUCGAUACCUACCCGGAGGUUGCUGAUUCGCUGGUGGUUGGUCAGCGCCAGGGCGUCGACGAACGCGUGCUGAUGUUUUUGCAGAUGGCUGACGGCCACGAGUUCAAUGAUGAGAUCGUCAAGCGCAUCGCUGCCCAGAUCCGCCAGCAGCUGUCGCCGCGCCAUGUGCCGGCUGUAGUCCUGCCAGUCACCGGCAUCCCAUACACAGUCAACGGCAAGAAGGUCGAAAUCGCCGUCAAAAAGCUCGUCAGUGACCUCUACCGUGUCGCUCAGGUUGAGAGUGCCGAAGAGGCUGUGCGCAGUGUCACCAUCGAUGAGAAGACAACCUCAACACUGGCUAAUCCUGAGACCCUGCAGCAGUUCUAUAACAUGCCAAAGCUCCUCCAGUAGACAGUUUUAUAUUGAAAUUAAUAGCUAGGCCCGGAAUGUG